AUGAGUUCUUCCGCGACGACUGCUUCUGCUUCUUCGAAUGCGAGAGAGAAAGGCCGAGCGCGUUUAGAUGCGUAUCGAAAUCAGAAGAAGAAGAAGAAGAAGAAAGACGUUGAAGAAGGAGGAAAAGGAGUCGCGUGUUCGCCUCCUCCUCCUCCUCCUCUCGCGGCGAGCGGCGUCGUCGAUGGUGGUGGUGACGUCGAAGAGAAGACGGUUCCAAUCGUUGGGGUGUGCGACGAUGAUAAAAAGUUUCCACCGAAUGAAGAAGAAGAAGUUAAAGAAGAAGAAGGAGGAGGAGGAGGAGAGAUGCGAAUUGAAGACAACAAAGCAGGAGGAGAAGCGAAGACGGAAAUACCACGACACGAAGAGGAUGCGCAAAAAACGAGAGGGACGUUUAUGGAAGAGGCGCGAGAGAGCGAAGAACAACAUCGACAGAAUCUCCUGCUGCUCGAGGAAAGAGAGGAGGAAAUCGAAGCUUUGCGAGAGAGUUUGUUGGAAACGAACGAGAUGUUGAUCGAAGAGCGUAAACGCUCGGAAGAAUUGGAGGAGACGACGAGAAAAGCGGGAUUAAGAGCGACGACGGCGGAGGAAACUUUGAGAGCGUACGCGAGCAUAGUGCCGGAAACGAGAAGUAAAGAAACCGUCGAGGAAAAAGAAAAAGAGAACACGAUGGAGGUAGAGUUAGCACCACAAAUAGAAAAAGAAGAAGAACGCGAGAAGGAAAACGAACAUGACGUGAGUGAACGAGAUGUUUUAAAAAGCGCCAGAGACGCCAUGCGACGUGAACGCGACCAGGCCAUCGCGAAGCAGAGAGUCGCAGAAAACAAAGCGUUGGAGUUUGAAGAGGAGUUACGCGACGCGGAGUAUACGAUCAUGGCUUUGCGUCAAGAUUUAAAGGCAAGCGAGGAGCAACAGCGGCAGCAAGGAGAAGAAGGAAACGAUCGAAGAGAAAGCGACGACGACGACGCAAACGACAACGAGGAGUUUGGAGGAAGCGAGAAGCAGACGAAAGCCGACGCCGCGCUCAUCGCCGAACUUCACGCCGAAAGGCGCAAAAACGAACACCUCGCCGAAGCGUUGCACCAAUCAAAAGAGCAAAUUGCUGUUUUUAAAAACUUAUCGGAAAAGACGAAAUCGAUGGCAGAUAAAGUAGAAUCUGAAGCGGACGAGUUGGAAAACGCCAUCGUCGUCGGCGAAGAAAAGACUAGGACGUUGGCGAAAUCCUUGUUGGAAGAACGAAGGAAGGUGAAGAAUUUGCGCGAGACGGUUGAUAUCGUCGCGCGAUUGGUAGAGAAAAUGACGACGCUAGAAGCCGACGACGAAAAGGAGCAGAACUAUGGGAACGAGAGCGCGAGAAGCUUAGUCCCCGAGUCUCCCUUUCGCCGUUCGCGUAAAGCCAAAUCGCGAUUGACGGACGAAGAAGCGUUGGAGGAAUCCUUACGGGAAGAAGACCAGAUGUUCGACGACGAAACGUUCUUCGAGGAAACCAUCGAGCGCGUCAAAAAUGCUUUAGAUUAUAAAAUCGAGCGGCUCGAAAGUCUCGCGCGCGAACACGUGAGUAAAACGAAAGAACUCGGCAUUCUGCUCACCGAAGCCGACGAUGAGAUUGUCGCACAGCAAGAAGUCAUCGAACAGUUGCAAAUGCAAAGAGACGCUUUGUUGGAAGAAAUCGACUCCCGAGACGAACACUUGGACUCAAUCGAACGCGAUUUGGAGCAAAUGUUACAAACGGAACAUAAACUUCGCGAAGAAGUGUCGAAUAAGGAAAAACUCGUCCACAUAGAGACGGCGAAGAACGACAAGCUCAUGACGCUCAUGGAAGAGCAAGCGAUGUGGACGUCGUCGUCUAACAAAGAAAACGCCAAUCCUUCUUCCAAAGACAAAGCAAACUCAAACGCGAACGACGAAGAUGGUCAAAACGACACAGACCGCGACCAAUUCGAGCGUCUAAAAAGAGACACCAACUUAAAUCGCAACUAUUCCAAAUCAGCGCCGGCGACGCCCGCGAAAACGCGAAGAAUACGCUCCUCGAGCGCAGGAGGCAAGAACAACGGAAUCGACAUCGCCAAGGACGUGUACGCGCCUUUACUCGUCACGAUCGAGAAACGCCUGCAGCAACUCAAAGAAGAUCGAAGGAAGCUCGCUGCCUCCAAGUGA